AUGGCGCUUGAAGCUUGCUUUCGGCUGCUCUUGCUACUGCUUCUGUUUCUAAUUGCAGAACCCAAGUACGUGCAGUACAAUACGACGUCGCGCCUCGUCCCCGGGAAGCUCAACGUUCAUUUAGUCCCUCACACCCACGACGACGUCGGAUGGUUGAAGACCAUUGACCAGUACUAUGUUGGCUCCAACAAUUCCAUUCAGGGAGCUUGUGUUCAAAACGUGCUGGAUUCUUUGGUUCCCGCAUUGCUGGCCGAUAAGAACCGCAAGUUCAUAUAUGUUGAGCAGGCGUUUUUUCAGCGUUGGUGGAGAGAGCAGAGUGAGGGAACCCAGAACACGGUCAGGCGGCUAGUCAAGAAUGGUCAACUGGAACUCAUAAAUGGGGGGAUGUGCAUGCAUGAUGAGGCUGCUCCUCAUUACAUCGAUAUGAUCGAUCAGACGACCCUUGGGCAUCGAUUUAUUAAAGAAGAAUUCAAUGUGACUCCAAGAAUUGGCUGGCAAAUCGACCCAUUUGGACAUUCUGCAGUGCAGGCUUACCUUUUGGGGGCUGAGAGAGAACGGAAAAAUGAGAAAAGCCUUGAGGUUGUCUGGAGGGGUUCUAAGAGUCUCGGUUCAUCUGCACAGAUUUUUGCUGGUGCAUUCCCUAAGAAUUAUGAACCUCCUACUGAUAAUUUCUACUUUGAAGUUAAUGACGAAUCCCCUAUUGUGCAAGAUGAUAUGGAUCUGUUUGACUACAAUGUGCCCGAUCGCGUUAAUGAGUUUGUAUCUGCUGCAAUAUCACAAGCAAACAUUACUCGUACAAAUCAUAUCAUGUGGACCAUGGGAACGGACUUCAAGUAUCAAUAUGCUAAUUCAUGGUUCAGGCAGAUGGAUAAGUUCAUUCAUUAUGUGAAUCAAGAUGGACGUGUCAAUGCCCUAUACUCAACCCCAUCAAUAUACACUGAUGCCAAGUAUGCAGCAAAUGAGUCCUGGCCGAUCAAGAGUGACGACUUCUUUCCAUAUGCUGACAAAGUGAAUGCUUACUGGACUGGAUAUUUUACAAGCAGGCCAGCCGUCAAAGGCUAUGUUAGAGCUUUGAGCGGCUACUAUUUGGCAGCAAGACAAUUGGAGUUUUUUAAGGGAAUGAGUAAAUCGAGGCCUAACACAGAUUCUUUGGCUGAUGCAUUAGCAAUUGCUCAACAUCAUGAUGCAGUUAGUGGUACAGAGAAACAGCAUGUGGCUGAUGACUAUGCAGAACGACUUUCAAUAGGUUACAAUGAGGCUGAGAAGGUUGUUGCAGAAUCACUUGCUUGCAUGACAGAGUCGAGAUCAGAAGCUGGCUGCAAGAGUCCAUCAACUAAGUUUCAACAGUGUCCACUUCUGAAUAUUAGCUAUUGCCCCCCAUCAGAAGCUGAUCUGUCAAAUGGGAAAUCGCUGGUUAUUGUUGUCUAUAACUCUCUUGGAUGGAAGAGAGAGGAUAUCAUCAAGAUUCCUGUUGUCAGUGCAAAUGUCACUGUAAGGGACUUUACAGGAAAAGAAAUUGAAUCACAACUCCUACCUCUGCUUAAUGCGUCAGUCGGCAUAAGAAAUUACCAUGUUAGGGCAUAUCUGGGAAUAUCUCCAAGUGUGAACCCAAGUUAUUGGCUUGCAUUUUCAGCAACCAUACCACCUCUUGGUUUUAGCACUUACAUUGUCUCAAGUGCCACACAGACAGCUACUAGUUCAGCAAGACGAACAGUAUACAAGUCAGAAGCAAGUCAAAAUGAUACCAUAGAAGUUGGGCCAGGAAACUUGAAACUUAUUUAUUCUGGAAAUAAAGGGAAACUUACUCAAUACUUUAACAGUAGAAGCUCGGUCAAAGAGUCGAUAGAACAAUCAUUCAGCUACUACGCUGGAGAUGAUGGAAGUGUGGAUGCACAGGCUGAUGGAGCAUACAUCUUCCGCCCUAAUGGUACAUAUCCCAUCCAGUCUGAAGGACAGGUUCAUUUAACUGUUCUGAGGGGACCAUUGCUAGAUGAAGUACAUCAGAGGAUCAACUCUUGGAUAUAUCAGGUCACUAGAGUGUACAAGGAAAAAGAGCAUGCUGAGAUUGAAUUUACAGUUGGGCCUAUACCAAUUGGUGAUGGAAUUGGAAAAGAGAUUGUAACUAAGAUUACAACCAGCAUGGAAACUAACAAAACAUUCUACACAGAUUCCAACGGGCGUGAUUUUAUUGAAAGAAUCCGAGACUAUAGAAAAGACUGGGACUUGCAAGUGAAUCAACCUGUUGCAGGAAAUUAUUAUCCGAUUAACCUCGGAAUCUACGCGAAAGAUAACAACACAGAGAUGUCAGUACUAGUAGAUAGAUCUGUAGGUGGAUCCAGCAUUGUGGAUGGGCAAUUGGAACUGAUGGUUCACAGGAGGUUGCUCUAUGAUGAUGACAGAGGUGUUGGAGAACCACUAAAUGAAACUGUGUGCAUUCAAGAUGUUUGCAAAGGACUAACAAUCACGGGAAAGUACUAUCUCAGACUCGAUCCUCUAGGAGAGGGCGCUAAAUGGCGUCGAUCAUUUGGUCAGGAGAUAUAUUCUCCAUUUCUUUUAGCCUUCACAGAACAGGAAGGAGAUAACUGGACAAGUUCUCAUGUGACAACCUUUUCAUGGAUGGAUCCUUCCUACGUUUUACCUGAUAAUGUUGCAAUGAUAACCCUCCAGGAGCAGGAUGAUGGGAAAGUUCUGUUUCGUCUCGCACAUUUAUACGAGAUUGAAGAGGAUAAGGAUCUUUCAGUUAUGGCAAGUGUAGAGCUCAAAAAGGUGUUUGCAGAUAAGAAGAUAAACAAAGUAGCAGAAAUGAGUUUAUCUGCUAACCAAGAAAGAGCAGAGAUGGAGAAGAAGAGACUGGCAUGGAAAGUGGAAGGCUCUUCUGAAGAAGAAGCUGCGGCCAAAGUGAUGAGGGGAGGGCCUGUUGAUCCAACAAAGCUGGUGGUGGAUCUUGCUCCAAUGGAAAUUCGAACAUUCAUCAUCGACUUCUAUUCCAAGCAUUAG